CCGAUCUCCUUUGAAGACGCAGGCGAAGCCUCUCCGAUCCGCAGCAAACAUGACCUUGUUUGAUGGCAUCUACCCCUUCUACCCCCAACCCAUGAAGCCCUUCGUCUUCGACGUGGACCUGAUUAUUGUCAUCAUCGUCUUUCUGGUGAUCGCCUUCAGCUUCUUGCUGAUCCUGCCUGGAAUUCGAGGCAGAGCGAGGCUAUAUUGGCUUAUUCGGGUCAUCUCCAGCCUCUUUAUUGGAGGAGUGAUUGUCGCGGUCCACUUCUCCUCUGACUGGGAGACCGGGACGGUGGCAGCCAACACCUCCUACAAAUCCUUCAGCUCCGCCAUGAUCCACGCAGACAUUGGGCUGCAUGUGGGCUUGUCCGGAGUCAACAUCACCCUGGUUGGAAAACCCGUGGACCAGCUCAACGAAACCAUCAAUUAUAACGAAGAGUUCUCCUGGAGGUUUGGGACCAACUAUGACAAAGAGUUUGAAGAGGGGCUGAAACGGGGAUUACCCAGCCCCAUCCUUUACGUGGCAGAGAAGUUUACCGACCACAGCCCUUGUGGCUUGAACAGUGUCUACCGCAUGGCGGGCCACUAUGCAUCUGCAACCCUGUGGGUGGCCUUCUGUGCGUGGCUGGUCUCCAACAUGCUCUUCUCCAUGCCGGUCCCGGUUUAUGGCGGCUUCAUGCUUCUUGUCACGGGGGCCUUCCUCAUCUUCGCACUCCUGUCCUUCUCCACGGGGAGGAGUGUCUGGUGUGCCAUCCAGUUUGGCUUGGCAUCCCUAAAGCUGGCCUAUGGGGCAUCUUUCUGGCUCACUUUGGCCACAGGGCUCUUCUGCUUCCUUGUCGGCAUAGUGGUGAUCGCCUUCCACUUUAUUAAGCCGGACCUUCUGAAAGCAUUCUUUGACCUGGCUGAGGAUGAAGAGGACGAUGAAGGCAUAUUGGGCGAGGUUUACAUCAACCCCUACCUCCACCAGACCCAGACACUUUCUUCUCAGCCUGAUUUCAAACUGACCAUCAAGAACAGCUAAAGCCCAACUUGACCUGGGACUGGCUUGAAGUGGUCUUUCAAAAGGGACAUGGACGGUGGGAUGUCCUGACCAAGCCACUGAGAAGUAAUGUUGCACUCUUAUGAACUGACUUCAGACGUGGCCUUUGGGGGUCAUCACAGGCUUUGGUAGGCCAACCUCAUGAACGCAUUGUUUGGGUCUGAAGAACAAUCAUGAAAUGCUUCUCUUGAAGGAUCUGGUGCCAAGGCCAGCCAACCCAGGAAAGGGGUGGUGUCAGUAAGAGAGAUGGUCCUAAUAUUAGCAUGAGGGGAGUAUGCACAGCAGAUCCCAUUGGGAUACCACUGAGGACCUCUCCUAUCAGUAGACAGAGUGAGGCAAAUGCUUUGAGCAGUUGAUACUGGAAGAGGAAGGAGUAAAACAUGGAUGUCAUGUACGGUGUGCAGCCUGCCCUUGGCUUGGUGCACUUAGAAGCCCUGGAAGAUGCUGUCCUAUCACAACAGACUCUCAUCCAAUCACCAAGGAGUUUCUGUAGCUGGAGGAGAUGUCCUUUGUAUCACACAGUAAACUACUUGGGCUGGUCCUGUUGGAUGGAGAUCCUUCCUCAUGUCAUGGACCCAAGAUGUUUGCCAACUGAAUAUUUAUUUUAUUUGACUUAGGCACGGCCUGACUCCAGCUGACUCUGAGCAGCUUUGGAACAUACAACCAACACAUCCAUAAGCAAUAAAAAAAAAACCACUCCAUUUUGUGGUUCUACAAGGAUGCAAUCAGUCUCCCCAAAUAAAGGACAUGAGGAGGCUAGAGUCACACUAAGAGAGAGAGCAGAAAUGUUUAACGGAAGGUAGCUAUUUCUUCUCUACGAAGCUAUCUCCAGCCAAAGGUCUUUGCCAACUGGCUUCACAUGGUUUGAAGGCACAUAGAUGUAGAAAAGAAAAGAGAAUCUUGGCUAAAUAAAACAAAGCAAAACAAGUCAUACCUGUAUAUCUGCAGAUCACCCUAACCUAGAUUUGAGGUUUUUCUUUUUGGUAUAUGGCUUAGCAGAUGGAGUGGGGGCAACAUGCAUGUGGGGAGGGAAGUCCCUCCCCUUUCCUUAGGGGCUAAGCAUUCUGGCCACAAAUAGAUCUGGAGUUGAGGGCUGGGCAAAUAUUAAUCAUGAAGCAUUAGCAAAACGUACCUUUGGAGGAAUGUUGACCACGAUCCCUGUUUUGCUCUGUUCAAGUCCGUGUAGGUGCCUCCAAGCAUUAUGGCCUGGCUCCUAGUGAGAAGUGGGCCUUUCAAGCUACUUAUGGGCUAACUACAUACCUCCCUGGCUGUUGUAGCUAUUCUUGUAUACUUCUGGGCUGAGCGCAGCCCUGCUAGGGAGCACUUAGGAAGCAGUAAAGGUGCCUUAGCAAAUUUCUUCAGUGACCUGAUUGUAACUCUUGUUGCAUUUUUUGCCAACAGAAUAGUACUGUAGAUGUAUUAUUUAUUAAUAAAAUUCUGGAAAUGA